GUCAAAAUUUAAAUGUCAUCAUUUUGACAAAUGGUCUUAAUAUUCUUAUUCCAACGAAGAUCGUUGUUGCAGAAAAGAAAAUGGUAUUUCAAAUAAGGUUUUAUUUCAUUUAAUUAAUUAAGAAGAAUAAUGUGGAUAAUCUCUUUUGAAACAUUUGGAGAAAAAAGCACCUGAGCCAAGCUACUAUGUUUGAAGUAUAACACGAUUGCUUAAUACAAAUAAUUGCGCAAUUAUGGAUUUGGACAAAUGGAUUGCACAGCUUUAUAACGGAGUAUAUUUGCAGGCAUGUGACAUUGAAAAAUUAUGUCAUGCAGCAAAAGACAUUAUGUCUAAGGAAAAAAACAUUCAAGAAGUAGUCACGCCGGUUACUAUUUGUGGUGACAUUCAUGGUCAGUUUUAUGAUCUGCUAGAAUUGUUUCGAAUCGGUGGGAGAUGUCCAGAUAUCAAUUAUUUAUUUCUGGGAGAUUACGUAGAUCGCGGAGAAUAUUCGGUUGAAGUAAUCACACUUUUGGUGGCUUUAAAGACGAAAUACAAAGAAAGAAUGACUAUAAUAAGAGGCAACCAUGAAUGUAGACAGGUGACGCAAAUGUAUGGAUUUUACGAUGAAUGCUUGCAGAAAUAUGGCGGAAACAAUUCGGUUUGGAAGCAGUUUGUUGAUUUAUUCGAUUAUUUUCCAAUAACUGCUCUCAUUGAUGAAGAAGUUUUCGCCGUGCAUGGUGGCCUUAGUCCUAGCAUUAAAACUUUAGACGAUAUCAGAACUAUAAAUAGAUUCAUAGAAGUACCAACUCAAGGUCCUAUGUGCGAUUUACUUUGGUCAGAUCCAUGCGAAGAACCCGGAUGGUAUGUUUCUCCUCGGGGAGCAGGUUUCUUCUUUGGAGAAGAUGUGUCUCAGGAAUUCAAUCGUACCAACGAUUUGACGUUAAUUGUUCGAGCACAUCAACUUGUUAUGCAGGGAUAUUUCUUUUGCCAUAAUUACAACGUUCUUACAAUUUUCAGUGCUCCUAAUUAUGUACAGAAGUUUGAUAAUCUAGGUGCGUUUAUGGAACUCAAUGAAAAGAUGGAGUACUCCAUUAUACAAUUUGAUGCAGCACCAAAGAAAAAGAAGUGGUUCUUUCAAAGAAAUUAA